GUGGUCUUGAUAUGAGUGUGUUACUUAUUAGGAAAUACUAAGCACUACCAGGCCCUCUUCCAGCAGACUACUUAGGCGACUGCAUUAUGGAGUCAUGCUUCGGCAGAACUUAGGCGUGCCUGCUUCGCUCACGGCCAUGGCUGAUACAAGAAGGCGUGGAACAGAUAUAAAGAGCGACAACUAUGUUUAUUCGUGUUCAGACCUGAAGCAGCCCCCUUUCUCUCAACAGCAAAAAAGCCCCCACAACAUUGCAUAGAUGGCAUACUCCACCAGCACUCUGGCACAGGGCUGCUUUGGGAAGGUGUACAAAGAGAAGUACAAUGAUACCUGGGCUGCCAUAAAGAAGGUCCCCCAGCAACUCAUCCCCAGGAAGGACCUGGAGAGAGAGUGUGAAGUGUACAACAAGGCGAAUCAUCCCAACAUAGUGAAGCUUCUGGGAAACAUCACUGUCAAAGACGGGAAAUGGAUCAUUCCACUGGAGUUCAUCUUCGGAGAGGAUCUAGAAACCACCAUCUUCAAGUCAUCAAAGUCUAAAAUACAGUUGACGCCAGGAAAUAAAGGCACUAUCAUCAUUGGCAUGUGUGAAGGGCUGCUUUUCCUCCACUCCAAAGAUAUCGUCCAUCAAGAUCUCAAACCUGAAAACAUCAUGGUGGAACAUAACACCAACAGAGCUGUAAUUAUCGACCUGGGACUGGCCAAAUUCUUUAAACACGGUCUCAGCUCUGCCGUCGACAUGGGAAACGAGGCCUACUCAGCCCCUGAGGUGCUGCAGAGGAGAAGCCAACGGGACCAGCGCUCAGACGUGUGGGCGAUGGGAAAGAUUAUUGCUGAGCUCUGUGCACGUGUUCGUCUGUACACCCCCAGUGUCUGCCCUGCCAAAAUCAAGGAAACUAUGCACAGUCAGCCAUACUGCCACGCUGUCUGUAGGAUGGUAGAGCCUAACCCCUCUCUAAGGGCCUCAAUGGGUGGGGUCAUAAGUGACUUACGGAGGGCCGGAGGUGCAGGCAUUGUCAUAAAUACACAAAAUCACCUUCUGCCACCUUCAUCACACAUGAAUGCCAGAAACCGUUCUCCGUCACCAAACAGGUUUGAAGGUUUAAAAAGAGAUCCGUCACCAAUGAACAGGGCUCCGUCACCAAUGAACAGGGCUCCAUCACCGUUAAACAAGGAUCCAUCACCAUUAAACAGGGCCCCAUCUCCAUUUAACAGAGAUCCAUUACCUCCAAGCAAAUCUCCAGCACCAUUGAAAUGGGAGCGUUCGCCCAAACCAGAGUUCAAAGCAUUGCGUCCUCACCCCGCACGUCACCUCUCUCCUUCCCCUCAGAGGACAGACGACAAAAAGCAGGCUCUGGUCCCAACCGGUGCACCAGACCUCACAAAGGACUUCAUGAAGAUGGCGCUGUACCAAGAAGCUGCCAAGGAUCUGCCCUGCAACCUUCCCACAACAGGAAGGGUGGUGGUGCGGCGCUUUGAGCAAAAAAACGGAGAGGUUGAAGCGUGGGAGCAGAAAGAGGUGGUGACACGAGAUGGGAAGAUAGUCAAAUAUGAUGAUAUCAAGUUUAACAGCAAAUAAGACUGCGGUCAGAAUCAGGAGUUUGCUGUUUGAUGCUACUCUAAUAACAAUUUCAUGUGUAGGUCAAAUGUUUAAUUCAUGGUCAACUGAUCAUGUGAAAAUACAUUUCCAUUGAGGUAAAGACUCAACUUGGAUCAAGCUACUGUAGGCAAAUGUUUCUCAUGCAGAUAAAAUACACUUAUAUAAAUAUUGUCUUCUGGGCUUCUUGGUCAUGCUGUAAGUUGAUAUUCAGCCAUGAUUUAUGCUCAUUUAUCUGCAGAGAAAAAUAAAAAAUAACACUA